GCGUCGUGAAAGGGAAGCCGCUGCCCUUGCAGCGCCACCGGAAGUAGCGGCAGCACUCUCAGCCGGCGUCUAACUCUCGGGCGCAUGCGCAUCGGAAUUCAACGUCACAUCCUCUUCCGCACCCCCGCCUUCUUCCGCUUUCGUUUGCUUCGCUUCUUGCGCACUCAUUUCUUUUUCCUUCUUUCCAUCGGCCCCUCUCUCCGGUGCGUGAGUGCCCGUCGGAGCCGCUUUCCCGCCGAGCACCGGCGGCCGCAGGAGCAGCACCGAUGGAGAACACGGCGGUGAGCCGCACGGGUGCGUGAAGAAGGGAAGGUGAACGCUGCUCGAGUGCGCGGGCCAUGGCUACCUUGCGGCGACACCGUGUUAUUGUGGUCCGAGUGCUGGCCGCUCGCCGUAGUUCAUGCCCGCUUCGGCCUCCGGCGACAUUCGGCGAUGUCCAGCCGCAGCGCGACGUGCGUUGACGCGGGAAGGCUUCGUCGGCACGCCCUGAUUCCUGCCGGCCUUACCGACGACGUCUCGGAUAACAGGUGCUGCUGGGGCCGCAUCGGCCCCCCGGGUGCGAUGGCGUCCGGCUGGGCGUCGUCGGGCGGUCGGCCGCACCGGCCGCCGCCGCUCGGCUGACACGGGAGCAACAGGCCGCCCAGUGGCGCCGUCUUCGAUAUGCGGUCGCGCCUGCCGCUACGCUCUCAACAAAGUGCCGGGCGGACGAGGCGUGCGGUGACGUCACCCGGGGGCUGUCAGCGACUACAGGCCGAGAGAAGGCGCCGCGGUUACGCCGGACUCAUGCUUCUGUUCGGCCUGAUUCUGGGCUCCGGCAAUACCGGCUUGUCCAUGGAGAGCGCUGGAAUGCACUCUCACCGCGCGCACCAGCGACCAUCGGCUGCUCCGGAAGUGCUGAAGCGAGACGAGCCUCAACGCAGGGAGCGAGCCGAGCCGCCAAAUGGCGACCAGACGGGGCCUGCUUUCGUGCAGGAACCUCCCAGCCGGGUGGUCUACCUAAACACCACGGGCGCCUGGAUCCACUGCCAGGCGUACGGCCACCCCCCUCCCACAGUUCGUUGGCGACACGUGGCGUUUGGCCAUUCGGCGUCCGUGGCCGGCGGGACCAACGGCGCCGGUUCGUCGCUGCUAUUGCAGCUGCACGCGGGCGCGCUGGGAGAGCCCCUGGAGGAAGUGACCGGCGUGCGGCGGCUCCUUGCCAACGGCACCUUGGUGAUGGCCCCGUUUGGCGCUACUCAGGCGCGCUACCACGCGGGCGUCGUACAGUGCGUGGCACAGAACGACGUUGGCAGCAUCGUGUCGAGGGAUGUGCAUCUGCGUGGAGUGGUGGCUCAAGAGUACAAGACCAAGGUGUACGACGAGUUCGUGGUGCGGGGCAACACUGCCAUUCUGCACUGCCAGAUGCCCACCUUCGUUCGGGAGGACAUCGAGGUCACCGGCUGGCUCCGCGAGGACGGCCUCUUCAUCCAACCCGGCAGCGCCGAGAAAAGCUCGUCUCAACAGUCACAAGCAAAGGCUGCGGGCAGCCUCCACCGGUACCAAGUGCUCUCCCCGUCGGGCGAGCUGCUGGUGCGCAACGUCAGCUCGGCCGACGACGGUGUCUCGUAUCGCUGCCAGACCCGGCACAAGCUCACCGGCAGCGUCAAAGUCAGCGACACUGCCGGACGCGUCAUUGUCAACCCAUCGACGGGGCCUUUUCAACCGCGACAUAUAUUUACCCGAUCAGCUGUGUCUGUCGACGAAGGCAGUCCUGCAGAACUGGUUUGUGUCGCACAUGGAUACAGUGUUCCAGAAUACAGGUGGUACAAACUGUCCGGUGGCACCAACGACAGCCGGGAGCCCCUUCACAGCACUGGCCGUAUAGCGGUCCACUCAGACACCCUCCUCAUCCGCCGUGCCAGUAUCUCCGAUUCCGGUCGCUACCUAUGCGUGGCCAACAACAGCCUCGCCUCGGAGCCGUUCACCGUAACGCUGAGCGUGCUGGCGCCCCUUUCAGCGGUGGUUCAUCCGGACCGCCAGACGGUGGACUUGGGUGGCACCGCUGCAUUCAACUGUAUACCAUCCGGGAAUCCUGUGUCCACAAUGGUGUGGAUCAAAGACGGCAAAGCUCUGCGCCCAGGGGACACCGGUGUUCAGGUCUCUCCGGAUGGCCGCUCCUUGGUGAUCCAGCCCGUGUCGAGGGAGGACGCCGGUAUCUACCAGUGCCUUGUGCGCAAUGAGCGCGACUCCGCCCAGGGUGCAGCACGACUCAAACUUGGAUUCUCGGCUCCCACAUUCCUGUCAGUCUUCGCGGAGCAGUCUGCCGAGCCUGGCCGUGGGGUGUCGCUCCAGUGCUCGGCGACGGGCAGUCCACUGCCUCGCAUUUCGUGGGCACUAGACGGAGCGCCACUGCCGGACGUAAGGAGUAGGACCGUGCCUUCGUCGGUGAUGGCGCUUCCCGGUCACGUGUCCAGUUUCGUCAACAUCAGUGCCGUGCGGCCCGACGACGGUGGUUUGUACACUUGCCGGGCAUCCAAUGGCGCCGGAACAGUGGAGCACGCCGCCCGGCUCAACGUGGUCGGCCCGCCUCGCGUGAGGCCCAUGGCUCCCGUGAGCGCCGUAGCCGGAGAGAAGCUGAGACUCGAUUGCCGCUACUCCGGCUAUCCUGUCGAGGUGGUCUCUUGGACGCGAGGCGGCAUCCACCUUCCGUCAAGUAAGCGGCAAGAAGUGCUCCGGGACGGCAGCCUUGUCAUCAGCGAAGUGCGACAGUACGAAGACAAUGGCACCUAUACCUGUCACGUCACGGGAACUCAAGGACAGAGCGCCAACGGCACAGUGGAAGUUAAUGUGCGCGUGCGGCCGACCAUCGCCCCAUUUUCGUUCCCGAGCGGCCUGCAGGCUGGCAUGCGCGCCCGGCUCGGCUGCACGGUGAUCUCUGGCGACCCGCCUUUCGAGUUCGGCUGGCGCAAGGACGGUCGGCCGCUGGGUGCCGAGUUGGGUGUUCGCGCGCAGACGGACGCCUUCUCCAGCGACUUGACCUUCACCAGCCUCAGCGUCAGGCACAACGGCAACUACACCUGCGUCGUCUCCAACGCGGCCGCCAGCGCGAGUCACAGCGCGUCACUCGUUGUUCAGGUGCCCCCGCAAUGGGUAAUUGAACCCAGCGACGCCUCCGUGCUGCUAGGGCGCAGCGUGCGAAUGGACUGCUGGGCGGAUGGUUACCCACUCCCCACCAUCACUUGGGAGCGAGAAAACUUGUACGGAACGCCUGGAUUCAGCGCCAUAACAGUAGGCACGGAAUACGAAAUUUACGCCAACGGUUCCUUGCUUGUCAAAAACGCUCAGGAGCAAAGCGCUGGCCGCUACCUUUGUCAAGCAACGAACGGGAUCAGAUCAGGAUUAAGCAAGCUGGUUCACUUGAAAGUCCAUGCCGGGCCCCAUUUCGCCAGCAAAUUCCGAAGCGAAGCCGUGCGACGAGGUGACACGGCUCGUCUGCGCUGCAAGGCGCAGGGUGACGCGCCCAUUGCGCUCAACUGGGCCAAGGAUGGCCAACCGAUUGGUCCACCGUCGACAGAUCCACGCUACACUUUCCGUGAGGAGUCAUCCGCUUCCCCGAAGCACGCUGCGUCGCUGCUCGUCAUCACAAAGGUGGAACGUCGAGACGCGGCUCUCUUCACCUGCCAUGCCUCCAACGCCUACGGUGCUGACAACCUCAACAUCAAGCUCAUCGUGCAAGAGCCACCGGAGCCCCCAACUAACCUAAAGGCUGCCGAGGUGAAGAGCCGCUCAUUCAAGCUCAGCUGGACGCCUUCUGUGGGAACCAACAACGCCGCAUCCAGAUACCACGUACAAUGCACGCCCGAGACUGGUGCAGCCGUCAACGCUUCGGUCGAAGGCACUGCAACCUGGGUGUCUGUGAGGCCUCUGAGACCGGCUUUCACGUACCGCUGCCAAAUUCGCGCUCAAAACGACAUCGGCCUAGGCGACCCCAGUAAGGAUUUGGAAGUGACCGCAGGUAUCGAAGAUCCCACAGAAUCUUUAAUAAUCGCCUAA